CAGCAGCAUCUCUCCUCAUAUGCCUGGACUUUACACCUUACUUCACACGACCGAAAGGGGCAGGAGGAGGAGGGUGGUGUGCGGCAGAUAAACCGACACGACGCGAUUGGCCCCCCCCGGGGGAUACGUCGGUUGGCUAUUCCGUCCCGACGCGCAACGUCGCUAUCCGCGAUACGGCUGCUACCAAGACGGCGUCAAGAUGUGCAGUUGCCAGCAUGCAGUCGCACCCUGUCUACUUCGACGGCUUAAUGGCCGGCUGGGUUAACCGAUGGAGAUACGUGAUAGCAGGUUUUCGUGCCCUGGUCGUACUGCGGCCUGGGAGAUAAAACCAUCUAACGGCUGCCGUCACUGUGACACCGUGAUUACCUUCACCCCUCAUCAUCGUGGACAUUCCCAUUCCCAUACUCACGUCCGACGCCACGAUGAUAUCAGAAAAAUCACAGAGCGUGGGGGUUGAGAGCGAUGGUGGCCCUGGUGACUCGAGGGCCGUAAACCCCGAGCUCAAGACUACGCUAGACUCCUUUGUUGAGUGUGACGUCGAGGUCGCGAACGGGCAUCUAGCUAACUUGGAGGUGGACGUGGGCGGCGUCCUCUCCAGGGCCGAGGAAGAGGGCAGCUGGGAUGCCGACACGAGCCCGUUUCCGGCCGUGCGCGCCGUCGUGCCCGAGACAGACGACCCCGCCAUGCCCGUGAACACGUUCAGGGCCUGGUUCCUGGGCAUGAUGUUCGUGCUGCUGGGUGCCGGCGUGAACCAGUUCUUCUCGUUGCGGUAUCCCGGCAUCCACAUCGUGUCGCUGGUCGCGGAGCUGCUGGCCUUCCCGCUGGGCGUCGCCCUCGCCCGGAGCCUGCCCAUCGGCCGGCUCAACCCCGACCGCCGCUUCAACAUCAAGGAGCACGCCCUCGUCACCAUCAUGAGCAACGUGUCCUUCGGCUUCGGCUCCGCCGACGCCACUAAUAUCAUCCAAGCUGCCCGGUUCUACGGCUUCGAGGUACCCACCGGCUUCUCCGUCCUCGUCGUCAUCUGCUGCCAGCUGUGCGGGUACGGCGUCGCCGGCCUCUGCCGCACGCUCCUCGUCGAGCCCGCCUCCAUGGUCUGGCCCGGCGUCCUCGGGAACGUGGCGCUGCUGAGCUCGAUCCACUCCCGGGCCAACGCCCCCGCGGACGGGUGGAAGAUCUCCCGCAUCCGGUUCUUCCUGCUCGUCGGUGCCGCCGCCUUCGCCUGGUACUGGGUCCCCGGCCUCCUAUUUACCGGCCUGAGCUACUUCACCUGGAUAUGCUGGAUAGCGCCGGAUAACCUGGCCGUGAACCAGGUCUUUGGUAUGGUCACCGGUCUGGGCCUGUUUCCGCUGACGUUUGACUGGUCGAUGAUCGCGUACAACACGAACCCGAUUCUCAGCCCCCACUGGGCGGCCGUCAACGUCUUCGCCGGCUUCGCGCUGUUCUUCUGGGUCGUCACGCCCGCCAUAUUCUACACCAACACCUGGUUCACGUCGUAUCUGCCCCUCUGCACGGCCGACGUGUACGACCGCUUCGGGCAGCUCUACGACACGGCCAGGGUCAUCACCGGCAACCUAUUCGACCAAGAGAAGUAUGCCGCGUACUCGCCACCGUAUCUGCCGGCGACUUUCGCCUUCGUCUACGGGCUCUCGUUCGCGUCAAUUACUAGCGUUUUGUCACACAUCUAUUUCUUCCACUGGGACGACAUCGUGCACGCUCUCCGGGGGUCUCUCAAGCUAGAUAUCCACGCCCGACUCAUGAAGCGCUACCAGAAGGUCCCCUGGUACUGGUGGGCCGCGAUCAUCCUCGUCGUUUUCGGCAUGAGCGUCGCCCUCACCGAGGUGUACCAUACGGGGCUCCCGGUCUACGGGGUCGUCCUGGCCCUCAUAAUCCCGGCAGUAUACAUGGUCCCGUGCGGGAUGAUCCAGGGCGUGACUAACGUGAACGCUAACCAGCUCAACGUGCUGUCCGAGUUCAUCGGCGGGUACAUGUUCCAGGGACGCCCCAUCGCCAACAUCCUAUUCAAGGUGCUGUCUCAAGACGUGGUAGGUCAAGGGUUGUACUUCGCCGCCGAUUUGAAGCUAGGCCACUACCUCAAGAUCCCGCCGCGCACUCUUUUUUGCGCCCAGGGACUAGCUACUGUGCUCGGCGCGCUGACCCAGGUGGGCGUCACGUUGUGGAUGCUCGGGAACGUGCCGGACAUCUGCGCCCCAGACCAGCCCAACGGCUUCAGCUGUCCCAACGGCCGCACCGUCUACAGCAGUUCGGUCAUUUGGGGCUUGGUCGGGCCGGGCCGGCUCUACUCCGUCGGCACGAUCUACAGCGGCCUGCUGCAUUUCUUCUGGAUCGGGCUGAUCCUGCCGCCCAUCACGUACUACGUGUGGAAGAGGACGGGCAGCGACGUCGUGCGCAAGAUCAACUGGCCGCUCAUCUUCGUGGGGACGUCCAACGUCCCGCCCGCCACGGGAAUCAACUACAGCAGCUGGUACAUCGUCAACGUCAUCUUCAACAAGAUCAUCUACGCCCGGGCCUACGCCUGGUGGGUCAAGUACAACUACGUCCUCGCCGCGGCCCUGGACACGGGCCUCGCCAUCAGCGGCAUCGUCAUCUUCUUCGCCGUCACCUACGGGCCAAACGUCCAGUUCCCCGACUGGUGGGGCAACACGGUGUGGCGGAAUACCGCGGAUGGACAGGGCUUGCCCUGGCUCCCCAUGCCGGACGUGGGAUACUUUGGACCGCCGAACGGGACAUGGUCGUGACGGGCGGUAGCGAACACGGUGCCGGAUACUUCGCCAUCAUCAUCAUGCUGUGAGAUCUCGCUGCGUCUUCUGGCCUUAAUUAGUCGCAGGGCUCGGGUCUGUCAGUAUUCAGUGCCGAGUACUGGUCUUCGUGCUUACAGGAUCGGCAACAUUUCCCUGCGUAUACCCCUACGUGGCAUUGCUUAGUCUAUUAUGGUCCUAGACCUGGAUUAGAGAUUUGUUUUUGUCGCUCGUUUUCAUCUUCGUGUCGUCUUAUCUUGCCUGGCCUUCAAUUAUGAAAGUUCGCGGUAAAAGGUUUUUGUUAAUGCUCACAUGUCCGCAAGCUUGUGGUAAAGUAAGUAUGAAUGUAUUUCAAGUCAAACCUCUGAUAUCUGUAGGUAGCCCCUUAAACGUACGGGGUAUGUAAUGUUGGUGGUCACUGCUCAUCAUUGCAUCCAAACAUCUUACGAGUCCCGGAUGAGCUACAGCGCUCCCCCGUUACGAAUUACGCGC